AUGGGAUUCGAGCUGGACCGCUUCAAGGGGACCGUGGACCCGGAUUUCAAAUGCAACUUGUGCAAUAAAGUCCUGGAGGACCCGCUGACUACUCCGUGCGGUCACGUCUUCUGCUCCGGCUGCGUGCUGCCCUGGGUCGUCCAGCAGAGCAGCUGCCCCGUCAAAUGUCAGAGGAUCUCUACUAAAGAGCUGAACCACGUCCUGCCUCUGAAAAACCUCAUCCUGAAGCUGGAGAUCAAAUGUGACAACCACACGAGGGGCUGCGAUGCGGUGGUGAAGCUGCAGCAUCUGGCCGAGCACGCCGAGAUGUGCGACUACUCCCCGGCCAAGUGCAGGAAUAAAGGAUGCAACGAGGUGCUCAACCUGGGGGACAUGGAUGCUCAUAUGCGUGAGACGUGCGAGUACAGAGCGGUGGGCAUAUGCGAGAGCGGCUGCGGGCUGAUGCUCACCCACAAAGAGCAGACAUUAAACAGCCACUGCUGCCUGAGAGCCCUGAAGGCGCACAACAGCGCUCUGCAGUGCAAAAUCAUCAGCCUGGAUAGAGAGUUCAAGAAGCAGACUAUUAAAGCCAACAAGAGGGAGAAGUCACUGCUGGCACAACUUUCAGCCGUGCACAGCGAGCUGCAGAUGACAGCGCUGAAAUAUCAGAAGAAAUUCACCGAGUACAGCGAGAGGAUCGACUCUCUCACCCAAACCGUGGCUUUCUCCUGCAAGGAAGGCGAGACUAAAAGCUUGACGGUUGUCCUUCUACGUGAGGGUGGAUCUCUGGGUUUUAACAUCAUAGGAGGAAGGCCAUGCGCGGACGACAAUGACAGCACUUCAAAUGAAGGGAUCUUUGUAUCCAAGAUUGUCGAGAAAGGUCCAGCGGACAAGGAGGGCGGCCUUCAAAUCCAUGACAGAAUAAUAGAGGUCAAUGGCAAGGACCUCUCUAAGGCCACCCACGACCAGGCGGUGGAGGCCUUCCGCACCGCCAAGGAACCAAUCAUGGUUCAAGUUCUGCGUCGGGAUCCGCACCCCAAACUGGUCAGCCCCACCAUUGACACCCAGGUCUCGGAUAUCAGCACCCAGACCGACAUCACCCUCCAGCACAUCAUGGCGCUCACCAAGCUGCCUCCCCCUUCACCCCCCAUGACGGUGCUCGAGGACUAUCUGCUGCCAGAGGAGCAUCCUCCUGGACACGCGUACUUUGACCCUAACGAUUUCCUGGAGGGCAUACAGCAGGACAUAGAACGCGAGGAGCUGGAAUACGAGGAGGUGGAUUUGUACCGAGCCAACAUCCAAGAUAAGCUUGGCCUGACGAUCUGUUACAGGACUGAUGAUGAGGAUGAAGCUGGGAUUUACAUUAGUGAGAUUGAUCCGAACAGCAUCGCUGCGAGAGACGGCAGAAUUCGAGAAGGGGAUAAAAUCAUCCAGAUAAAUGGUAUUGAGAUCCAGAACCGGGAGGAUGCGGUAGCACUGCUGACCAGUGAGGGGAACCAGAACAUCUCUCUGCUGGUGGCCAGACCAGAGAUCCAGCUGGACGAGGGCUGGAUGGAUGAUGACAGGAACGACUUCCUGGAUGACCUCCACAUGGACAUGCUGGAGCAGCAGCACCAUCAGGCCAUGCAGUUCACCGCCAGCAUGCUGCAGCAGAAGAAGCUCGAGGAGGAUGGAGGCACUACAGACACAGCCACACUCCUGUCCAACCACCACGAGAAGGACAGCGGUGUCGGUCGCACGGAUGAGAGCACGCGAAACGACGAGAGCUCGGAGCAGGAGAACCUCGCUGACGACCAGACCACGGCCUCCAAUACGCUGGGCAGCUGCAGAAUGCUGACCUACAGCCAGGACACGCUCGGCAGCACUGACCUGCCCUUCAGCGGCGAGUCCUUCAUCUCGGCAGACUACGCCGACACCGACUUCCUGGGCAUCCCGGCAGACGAGUGCGAGCGCUUCAGGGAGCUUCUGGAGCUGAAGUGCCAAAUGAGGAACAGUGGAGCGCAGGCUUUGUACUGCCAGGGCGGCGGGGCAGGAGGUCAGGACCAGGAGUGUGUGGACAAGGAGCUGGAGCUGCUCAACGAGGAGCUGCGCACCAUCGAGCUGGAGUGUCUGAACAUCGUCCGUGCUCACAAGAUGCAGCAGCUGAGGGAGCAGUGUCGCGAGUCCUGGAUGCUACACAACAGCGGCUUCCGUAACUACAACACGAGCAUCGACGCACGCCGCCACGAGCUCUCUGAUAUCACGGAGCUGCCGGAGAAGUCAGACAAAGACAGCUCCAGCGCCUACAACACCGGCGAGAGCUGCCGCAGCACCCCUCUCACGCUGGAGCUGUCUCCAGACAACUCGCUCCGUCGAGGAGCGGAGAACCAGGCCGGGGCGUCCGGCUCCUCCAGCUCCAACGGCAGGAUGCUCAAACCUCUCCUGUCCCCCGUUCAGGAGGUUUGUAGCUCCAGCCGUAGCAGAGGUUCCUCCAAGGAUUCGGAUUCCCUGCAGGCAGAGACCAAGGAGAGGAAGCUGGGAGAGUCCAGUAAGUCCGGACGGAGCUAUUCCCAACCACACUCACCUUACAAGCACGCCCACAUCCCCGCCCACGCCCAGCACUACCAGAGCUACAUGCAGCUGAUCCAGCAGAAAUCCGCUGUGGAGUACGCCCAAAGCCAGAUGAGCUUAGUCAGCAUGUGCCGGGACCACAUCUCCACCGACCUGGAGCCCAAGAUGGAGUGGAAGGUGAAGAUCCGCAGCGACGGCACACGCUACAUCACCAAGCGGCCCGUCCGGGACAAGCUGCUGAGGGAGCGAGCCCUGCGCAUCCACGAAGAGCGCAGCGGCAUGACCACGGACGACGACGCCAUAAGCGAGCUGAAGAUGGGCCGCUACUGGAGCAAGGAGGAGAGGAAGCAGCACGCCGUCCGCGCCAAGGAGCAGAGGCAGCGUCGCGAGUUCAUGAAGCAGAGCCGAGCCGAUUGUCUGAAGGAGCAGGCCGGUCUAGAGGACAAAAAAGAACCCAACAUCAUAGAACUCAGCCACAAAAAGAUGAUGAAAAAGAGGAAUAAGAAAAUAUUUGACAACUGGAUGACCAUCCAAGAACUGCUGACCCAUGGUACCAAGUCACCAGACGGCACGAGGGUUUACAACUCACUGCUGUCUGUGACCACAGUCUAAGUCCUGCUCUGAGUUCAGGUGGCGGGCCAGCCAGAGGACAAACUGAGUGUAAUGGACUGUACAUAGGACACUACCAGUUGGGGUAGAGAUUCCUGCCUCGUUCAAUGUGGCAACAUUUUGUAAAUAGGAAAUAAGGAAAGCUUUCCCGGACGAACAUUUUCCUCCGCUGUGGUGAAGAGAAGGUCCUUUUUAAAUGGUGGUUGGACUUGACAUGAAUCGGACAUGGCUACGAGGAUGAUU